UUUCGUCGUGUCCCCGGUCCGCGAAUUUCGAAAAUAUGUUAACGCCCCGCGGCCACCCGGCGGGCGCAGACGCGUGUACCGCCGCCCAUCCGUUCGGUGCACGGUCCGCUGCCUUUCUAUUACGAUUUACGACCGCAAUCAUAAUAAUAACUAUCACGAUUUUCACGUACACAAGGAUUACUGCAUUCGCGUAGUGGUCUCAGCUCACCGUACUAGUUGCCGUUCGCCCCAGUCACUUGCGACACGGUCACUCGCACGCUCUGUGAUCCACUCUGCAGUCGUUCGUUCGUCGUAACGCUCGCCGCCGCUCGUUGUUUUCGUUGGUCCAUACCACGUCUGUACCAGACGGUUGUCUCCGGUCACGCGCGUCUUCGGCGUCGAGUAUAUUAUAAUAUUUCAUUCUUGUCGUCUGCACUGCGAUGGCUGCCGGCAAAAUAUUGGUGUACGGAGGAAAAGGAGCGUUGGGAUCGACGUGCAUAUCGUUCCUUACGGCCCAAAAAUAUUGGGUUGGAUCAAUAGACCUAACUCGAAAUGAAGUUGCAAACGCUAAUGUGAUCGUGGAACGGGAUGCUACAAUAUUAGAACAAGAAUCACAAAUUUUGAAGGAGCUCGAGUCCGUUUUAGGAUCUGAAAAAUUAGAUGCUGUAAUAUGUGUAGCUGGUGGUUGGGCCGGCGGUAGCUCAAGCUCUGAUGAUUUUGUAAAAAAUACUGAUUUGAUGUUAAAACAAAGUGUUUCGAGCUCAGUAUUAGCAUCAUCCAUUGCGUCCAAAUAUUUAAAACCUGGAGGUAUUUUAGUAUUGACUGGUGCUAAAGCUGCUCUUGGUCCCACACCAGGAAUGAUUGGUUAUGGUUUAGCUAAAGCAGCAAUACAUCAUUUGACAAAAUCAUUGGCUGAUGAAAAUGGUGGUUUACCUACAGGAGCUCAAGCUCUUUCAAUAUUGCCUGUCACACUCGACACACCCAUGAAUCGUAAAUGGAUGCCUAAAGCUGAUACUUCAACUUGGACUCCAUUAGAAUUUGUUGCAGAAUUGUUUUCCAAAUGGAUUAAAAAUGAAGAAAGACCUCCAAAUGGUUCACUUGUUCAGUUAAAUACAAAGGAAAAUAAAACAACUUUGGAAUUUGAAUAACCAUUUAAAUAUAAAAACAAAAAAAAUAAUUUCAAACCUUCAAAUUUCUGUCUGUUAAAUUGUACUUAAUAGUUAAUACUAUUUAUAUAUUAUAACUAUAAACUUAAAAAAUAAAUAUAUAUAUAUUUAUCCUACUCUAUGGAUUACAGAAAAGUUUAUAAAGGGUAAAAAUUAUUAUUUUAAUAUUUUAAUAAAUCUUAUUUUAUUUUACGUC